UUAACGUUUAUUAGACGCACAACAGAGUUGAUGUUUUUACACUUAUACGUUUAUUUACGCCUCUCAGACGCAGUUGACGGAAACGAGAAUCUUGACUUGAAAUCCUUGCGAGCUAGCUAAAGCUAAAGAUAACCCACUGGUGGUAAAGCCCUAAACAUUAGCACACAAGUGACGCUACAUUAUUAAAAGGGUGUAAUAAUUUAUUUACAACUAUUGACGGUUCGUGCAAGGUCAGAUGUCCUUGAUCUGUAAUAGCUGGGUAGUUCACGUUCAGAGUAGUUCACUACCGAGUUGUACUUCAGUGCAUGUGUUGCAGCGCUGUGAUCCAUCUCUCUUGGAUCCCUGUGGAGAGUCGUAUCAGCUAGAUUGUUCUGAAGCAGCCAGGAUGGUCCUCUACCUCAUGGAUAGUCGCCGGGUCAAGAAGGUUUUGUGGCGUCAGCUGCGUGUUCUUGGCUCCAUAUUGUCUUCCCUGGAAGGUUUGGAACCCGCCCGGCAACUCGUCACUCAGCCCUACCUCUCUCAACCUGAGGGUGGAGCUCACGGCAGGUGGAAGGCUCUGAAAGUGUGUAGCAGGGAAAACGUGGAGGAGACGGAGACUCUGCUCAGAUCACUGCAGGAGAAAGUCCAACAGAUCCACAAGAGGCGGCAAACACUUGCAGAGCUGAUCCAACAGCUGCAUAACCAGAAAGGACAGAGUGAAUACCUGGAUGAAUCUCUGCAGAAGGCCCAGAAUGCUUUGCAACUAUGUGAUUGUGAGCUAAUCAAACUGAGGGUGGACUCUGACACAGUGAUCAGUCAGCUGUUGGGAUGGCACCAGCUCAGAGAUGAGUUGCAGGGGUACCUCUCCACUACACAGGAUGUAAUGCACAUCAAUCUGCUGUCCUUCAACCAAUCAGAGCUAUGUGUGGAGCUCAGGCCACGCCGUUCCUCCUCCAGUGAGCUGGAGCCGCUGAAACUGUCAGUCAGCUGGAGCCACGAUGACCGUUUCACAGUGCAGGUGAAUGAGGGGAUGGCUGGUGUAGUGGAGGACUGUCUCUCGGGCAGGUGCUCAGAACUCAGCAUGGCCCUGGUGGAGGUGAUGGAGUGUUAUAUGGGUCACACUAAGCUGCUGUGUGAGAUCCAGUUUCUGAGAUCCAGGUUUCCCAUUGACUGGCGUCCUGCUCAGCGGCUGCUGAUCUACCUGAAAUCUGCUUCACUGGUGUGUCACAUGGAAGUGGAGGACGGCUACCCAGAGAGUGGAAAAGUCCGACUGCUCUCAGUACGAAGAGACGGACAAUCUCUGGACACAUCUGGACUGAAACCUCAUAAAUCUGAUCUGGGUCUGACUGACUGGUUGGUUUUUCUAAGCUGCAGUCCACUCGACGACUGACGGACUCACAUUUGUCAUGUUUUUGUACACAUACUAAUCUGAUUCUGUUCUCAUAUUAAACAUGUGUCUCAGUUUCUCA